AAGACGUUCGCAGUUCGAAGGAAGAAUGCUUGACACAGAGUGCCGGUUGAAUAUCGCAGCGGCGCAUACCGUAAUUGCGGCGCACUUUCUACUUGUGCCUGUCAAAGGAGUAAGGGUCAAAAUUUCGUCCUGUCCUUUUUGCGGACAUGCACCAGCAUGCGUAAGAUGCAGCCGAAACUGGUGUGCCAAGACCAAAACUGCAGACCCUGGAAGCGAAGCGCAUUUGUAGUCUCUGUAGAUUUGCCCCUCUUCCGGCACUGAACGCUGCCCACCAGAGGAGCCGUCUUUCGAGAUUGUGCCUGUGCCUAUGCGGCUGCGCAUUGAUGUGCUGCGUGCUCUCGACGGACUAUCGAAGUUGAAACAUGCCAUAAGUGUCUCGAGUUGCAGAAAGAUUUCUUGCUGUACUUGGUUGCGGGCCACCAGCAUCCUUGGCUCCACCCUAAAAGUCACACAAAGCUGUUCAACAUUUGCCGGUGAGGGAGGAGGAACCAAGCAUUUGCAUUUCAGGAGAAAGUUAGGCAGCCUCCAGUUUUUAAAUCUGUGGAACAUGUAGCGCGUGGCUGCUCUUUCCAGAUGGAUGCCAAACACAGAGCAGCUAUCUACGAGUUCCUUGCCAAGCGACCCGACAUCUGCCAAAGUCUUCGUCUCCAUUUGCAGGCGCGAAAAAGCCACGAUGGGGAAACAGCGCCGACGGUGGAUGUUGCUAGAACGCUUGAAGUUCUGCAAGACACGGGAGUGCUGACAGACAUCCAACAGCAACUCGCCACCUACAUGCAGUCGGCGGAGCAAACAGUGGAGGCAAAUGCUGAACGUACGGGAAAGGAAGUGAAGCGAAGAGAGGGAUCAGGACUGAAGUGGCUGCCGCAGACCGCCUGUCGGUAUGCUAGUGCAUCCGCUACUUCAGAGAGUGACUGCGGGGCUUUGGAGGCGGCACUGUCAUCUGUGUUCACGCAAGAAGUUCAGCCCAGGUGGAUGCCUGAAAAUGCAGACCCAAAUGACCCUCCCUAUCUGCUUUGCCGGUUCUCUGAUGGUCACGACUUCUCCGAGUAUGAAGAUGAAAGCCGACAUUCCGGCUCUUACUUCGUCAUACACAUGUCCUUUGGAAGUCAAAGAUUUCGAAGUCGUCCAGUGGAGGCCUGCUGUGAACCGCAAUUCCUUGAGACGUUCGCCGCGAGACUUCCAACAGAAGAAGGCGCUUCAUACCGUGACCUCCUAAAGCGUCAGUUGCCACUGCAUCUGGUGGUAACUAAGGAAGACGUCAUAUCACAUUCGUCGUGGACAAAAGGUGGAAUCGCGUCCAAUAGAGCCACAACCCCACGCGAGAGCUUCUCUGGCAACACGAUGUACAAAUCCAAGAUCUUGUCCAGUCAAAAGGUUGAAUGGCAACGCGUCUUGCAUUGUGGCAAGAUUCAUACAUCGGUGAAGCUUCGGGGCGUCGGUACGAGAGAGGCGCUUUCUGUUGGUAAACUGGACAUGGAAAUUCAGUUGCUGCCCCGGGAUGAAACCAAGUUUCUUGGCUUGGCGGAAGUGGAUUCGCAGCUUCGUCGAGGAGAACAAGAGAAACAAGAAGCCUUACGACAGGCUAUGUCCAUCGCCGAGACUUGGUGGAGCUGUUACAAGAAGAUGCACCCCAUGUUCGGCUACAGACUGAUCAAAAUAUUUGCAAAAACCGAGUUCGGGGAACACCUGCCGGUAAACUCGUUCGUCUGCCCUCUCUCGCCCAGAGUCGAAUGCUGUUCAUCUUAUGGUCUCGACAGUCCCUUUCAUUGCGCCCGUUUCGUGGCAGCAAUGGAAACUGAACGGCGGGGUACCGCGAAUGUCAUGUUGAGCGGAGAAUGCGGGAGCGAUGUGUGGUGUAGCUGGCCUGCUCUGUUUGCGCGAGGAGUAGGAACGGUUGAGGACCAUGCGAUGUUGCUUUGUUCGUUAUUUCUGGGCUUCUCCGUGGACGCAUGGGUUGCGAUAGGCCUUUUGGCGGAGGACUUGCCCUACUGCUGGGUAAUCACGAGAGACCAAUGUGGGGAUCCGAAGAAUGCGACAUUCUGGGAUGCAUGUACGGGCCAACGGCUGGCCUCGUUCGACCCUACGAUCGGCGCGCGUUUCGCAUCGGUACACUGUGUAUUUAACCACAAGGCGUUCUAUGCGUGCUGCUCCAUCGUCCACGCGGCCGACAAACUGCAUUACCAUUUUGAAGGCGACACGUCGAUGUGGUGGAAAAUGCCAGAGGACGUCUUCAAGUCGCCUCUCCUAAAGCUCUACGCCAUGGUGGGUGACUCACGCCUGCCGGCAUCCGCCGACCCUCGAGCGCUCUUCGCUCUCCGGGGAUGGUGGGGGAGGCCAACUCGAAUGGCACCGUUUUGCCGCUUGUGGACAUCAGAACGACAGAUCGAAGAAUAUGUGAAGCAUAAGGUGGAUAAUUACCGUCGGUCGAAACGUGGUGGUUUUGAUACGCAGUGGGAUGACGCCAUGUCCGUCGCCCUCUCUAUCGCGUUGGCAAACUAUGAGACGGAGCGGACCAUUGGCGUAACGUUUGGAGACAGGGCGUUCCGCGACAUCAUUAAGGGCUUGGCUAAAAACUACAUAUUCAAGGCAUGCCCAUUACACUUUCAUACAGGGGACGCCUCUGUCUAUUUCGGUGCUCUCUUGAGUAACACCAUCGGUCGGCAUAUACUUGAUUUGCCUCUGGGCCCUGUCAAGUGCGUGUACGGCUUGAGAUGCAAGAUAUUGAAACUUCCAGAAGAUCAAGUCUCCGUGUGGAUUGUAUUAGCCGUUCGACACGAUCCGCGCUAUUAGGACUGACAGCAAUGAAACUCUAGCUGGAUGAUCGUAACAGAUUGCUCAUCAACUGCGGCUCGAGAUGCGCAAUCUCCGUUGCCCGUUAAGGUCAACAGCUGGACGGUUGGCUCUUGUAUGGCGCGCAAAGAGUAGCGUUGGUGUGUCGUUUUCGUAUCAGGAGAGAUGCCGAGAGACCCAAAAUUAUAGUUCCCAGUGGGAGAGGGCAGGCAUACGAAAACGCCGGUGCGCAGACUCCGCUUAUGCAGCUGCGGAUCCCGUGCCACGGCGUCACUCUUAACCCAUCAGAAACUGGUGCCGAGGACUGCCGCGCUAACGUAUCCACGAUACCAUUACUCGAGUGUUGAUAGCUUUCCGAACGGCCUGAGUGUAUCGUUACGGUUCGGCGGACAGCAAAG